UUAAGUGGCACAAAUUCGGGACGGAAAAUGGCGACGGCGGGGAGCCGGACCUCGUCGUCGGGAUUAUUAGAUUCAAAUGAAUAUGCAAACGUUCCAAGUGGACCUCAGGGUGGCUGCAGUGCGCCGUGUCUUCCGAGCAGUCAGGUGAAGAGCAACGCGGUGGAAAACGCGCAGUGGAGACGGAAAGAGCUGCGGAAAGUCAAGAGUGUGGAUCUGGAGAAAGCCGAUGCGCUUCAUCAUCAUCCUCUUCAUCACGUCUCCACCGAGAGCGGCGCGUCUCCCAUCGCAGCUCAGCUCCACUACCUAUCCGUGUCUUCUCCUUUAUCUCAGCAAAGCAGGCAUCAUGUCCAGCACAGCAACUCACUAACUCAACAUCCUCUGCUCGACAAAGUAAACAGCGGUAACAGUUUGUCCACUGGAGCUCAGGAAUUACCCCAAACUUCUUGUAGCCUCAGCACUGAUCAUGCAGCACCUUCAGUCGACCUGAGCUCUGUACAACACAGCCGUGACAUGGAAAACAAAGAGACGCUGCGUGGGUUGCAAAAGAUGGAAGACCGGCCGGAGGAGCGCAUGAUCCGGGAGAAGCUCAAGGCCAUGCCCACCUGGAAACACGAGUGGCUGGAGAGGAGAAACAGGAGAGGCCCAGUGGUUGUGAAGCCCAUUCCCCUGCGGCCAGACAGCAGUGAAGCUGGACGUCUGGGACACGAGGCAGGCAGCGACAGCGCAAGUUCCUCAUCCUCUCAGAACAGAGGCCGUCGAAGCCCCUCCCCUGGACCUUCCUCAUCCUCAAUCUCUUCCACAUCCUCAUCUACCAAGACGGCUGUGAAACCAGAGUCCCCCGGCGUCCGCAGGAAGCGGGCAUCCCCUGUUCCUAGCGGCAGGGUAACUCCUCCUAGACGAGCGCCAUCACCUGACGGCUUCUCCCCUUACAGUCCUGAAGAGACUAAUCGCAGGGUCAACAAGGUCAUGAGGGCCCGUCUCUACCUGCUCCAACAAAUUGGACCUAACUCGUUCUUGAUUGGAGGAGACAGCCCCGACAAUAAAUACCGUGUGUUCAUUGGACCUCAGACCUGCAGCUGUGGUCGCGGAGCUUUCUGCAUCCAUGUGCUUUUCGUCAUGCUGAGAGUUUUCCAGUUGGAGUCGUCCGACCCACUGCUCUGGAGAAAGACCCUUAAAAACUUUGAGGUGGAAAGCUUAUUCCAGAAGUACCACAAUCGGCGGAGCUCACGGAUCAAAGCUCCAUCUCGUAGCACCAUUCAGAAGUUUGUGUCACGCAUGUCCAACUCUCACACUUCCUGCACCUCCAGCUCCUCACCCUCCAGCAAUGAGAGCAGUAUGAAGGACGAAGAGGAGCAGAUGUGUCCGAUCUGUCUGCUGGACAUGCUGGAUGAGGAGAGUCUGACUGUGUGUGAGGAAGGCUGCAGGAAUAAGCUGCACCACCACUGCAUGUCCAUAUGGGCAGAAGAGUGUCGGAGAAACCAUGAACCCCUGAUCUGCCCUCUGUGUAGAGCCAAGUGGAAGUCACACGAUUUUUACAGUCAUGAUCCAGCGUCGACAGUGGAAAGCUCCACAAGUCGCUCUCAGAGCCUGGUAUCUUCCUCCACCUCUUCAUCAUCAUCCAAUGCUGAAGGUCAGAGGGCAGGUCACGAGGGAGAUUUUUCUCUCCCCCAUUAUGGAGUUCAGCAAAUCCCUCAAACCUAUAAAGAACUGGCUGAGCCUUGGAUCAAGGUGUUUGGUAUUGAGCUGGUAGGCUGUCUGUUCUCCCGGAACUGGAACAUCAGAGAGAUGGCACUGCGGAGGCUGUCGCACGACGUGAGCGGCGCUUUGCUGCUGGCCAAUGGCGAGCACUCAAUGGCGAGCACAGGAGCAGGGGCCGGGAUUGGAGCAGCAGGAAGUGAAAUCUCAGCGGAAGUGGUGGUGGAAUCCUGCUGCAGUGUUCUGUCCAUGGUGUGCGCAGAUCCUGUCUACAAAGUCUACGUGGCUGCACUGAAAACCUUGCGGGCCAUGUUGGUCUACACGCCAUGCCACAGUCUGUCGGAGCGCAGUCGCCUGCAGCAGCUGCUCCGGCCCGUUGUGGAGACCAUCUUGGUUAAAUGUGCCGAUGCCAACAGUCGCACAAGCCAGCUGUCUGUGUCCACUCUACUGGAGCUCUGUAAAGGCCAGGUUGGAGAGCUUGCUGUUGGUAGAGAGAUUCUCAAAGCAGGUUCUAUCGGUAUAGGUGGAGUGGACUAUGUGCUGAACUGUAUCCUGGGUUCCCAGACAGAGGCGAAUAACUGGCAGGCUCUUCUAGGCCGUUUGUGUCUGAUUGACCGGUUGCUGCUGGAGUUUCCAGCAGAGUUUUACCCACAUAUUGUCACGGCCACAGACUGUGGACAUCCCCAGAAUCAGGUGGAGAGGUACCAGAAAUUGCUGCGUCUGCUUAGCUUUGCGCUGCAGUCCAUCGAUAACUCGCACUCCAUGGUAGGGAAACUGUCUCGCCGGGUGUUUCUGAGUGCCGCUCGCAUGGUGGCCCGCGUGCCCCACGUCUUUGUCAAACUGCUCGAUAUGCUGAGUGUCACCAGCUCCACCCACUACGCCCGCAUGCGCCGGCGCUUGCUAGCCAUUGCGGAGGAGAUGGACAUCCUGGAUGCCGUGCACCUUGGCCUUGAAGAUGUGCAAGGGGCGCACUGUGACAUUUGUCUGGAUCCUGCAGCACCUCACAACUCCCCCAUUUCCACUGAGAGGAACUCACCUACUCACUGCCUGCAGGAAAAACCCUGUGGUAAAGUAGCUCGAUGUGGAACAGUCAGUGCCAAAACCAUAGACGAUAUGUCAGACAGGUUGACAUGUAUCACUGCUGUGCCUGCUGACUCCCCAAAACCCCCAGUUCAACUUCGUGGCCCCCAUAGACCCAUGAGCCAGUGUCUUAAUUCACAAUCGCCCUCCUCCUGUCAGCCACCCCCACUCCCUUCCCCUUCUACCACUCGGCCGCAAGGCUUUGUCCCCAGCAAGCUCACUAACUGCUCCCCUGGUGCCCAACGUAAAUACCCUAUCCUUAGGGGUGCUGGUGGAGGAGGGACCAGUAAAGACCCCGAAAAGUUGCCUUCCCCUGUGUUCCCCCAAGCUAGGCCUCUGCCUUCCAGCCACAUCCAUCGUCCCAAGCCCUCACGACCAUCUCUCUCACCUUCCACCUCAUCUGAUGCAACUAAAGGUCAGUGCCUAGGUCUCAAAAGCAAUAUGAAGCUCGAUCUUCAGGACAUUUCUCCAGCGGAGGGCGCAAGGUGCGGUGCCAGCUCUGUGUUUGUUCCUAGCGAUGAUGCAGUCUUUACACCUGUGGACGACAAGAACCACGGCCUUGAUGCUUCGGCAGAGCUUAACUCCAGCAUGGAGGAUCUUCUGGAAGCGUCCAUGCCAGUAGCAGACAGCACAGUGACGUUCAAGUCGGAGGUGGCGGUGUUGUCACCAGAGCAGCCCGGUUCGGACAAUGCAUACACCCAGGACGUGACGCAGAACCAGAAGUGCAAGGAGAAAAUGGAGGCCGAAGAAGAGGAGGCCCUGGCCGUCAUCAUGGCAAUGUCAGCGUCUCAAGACGCCCUGCCCAUUAUCCCACAGUUGCAGGUGGAGAAGGAGGAGGAUGUCAUCAUCAUACAGGUGGAUACACCAGAGACACUGCCUGGUCAUACCAAAGCAAAACAGCCCUACCGUGAGGGUGCAGAGUGGCUGAAGGGCCAGCAGAUUGGCCUGGGAGCAUUCUCCUCCUGCUACCAAGCCCAGGACGUCGGCACCGGAACGCUGAUGGCAGUGAAACAGGUGACUUAUGUGAGGAACACAUCGUCCGAGCAGGAGGAAGUGGUGGAGACUCUGCGGGAGGAGAUCCGUUUGAUGGGCCACCUGAAUCACCCCAACAUCAUUCGCAUGCUGGGAGCGACAUGCGAGAAGAACAAUUACAACCUGUUUGUGGAGUGGAUGGCAGGUGGCUCUGUGUCUCAUCUGCUGAACAAGUACGGUGCCUUCAAGGAAGGUGUGGUAAUCAACUACACAGAGCAGCUGCUUCGAGGUCUGGCCUACCUCCAUGAGAAUCAGAUCAUCCACCGUGACAUCAAAGGUGCCAACUUGCUGAUCGACAGCACAGGCCAGCGGCUGAGGAUAGCUGACUUUGGCGCAGCGGCGAGGCUGGCCUCCAAGGGCACGGGUGCAGGCGAGUUCCAGGGCCAGCUCCUGGGCACCAUUGCUUUCAUGGCACCUGAAGUGCUGAGGGGGCAGCAGUAUGGCCGUAGCUGUGACGUGUGGAGCGUGGGCUGUGCCAUCAUCGAGAUGUCGUGUGCCAAGCCACCGUGGAACGCAGAGAAACACUCCAACCACCUGGCACUCAUAUUCAAGAUUGCCAGUGCUACCACAGCACCCACCAUUCCUCCACACCUGUCUCCAGGCCUAAGAGACGUCACACUGCGCUGUCUGGAGCUGCAGCCUGCCGACCGGCCGCCCUCACGCGAGCUCCUCAAACACCCCAUCUUUCGCCAUAACUGGUAACACUGAGCUUCCAGGAACUACUGAUGCGCCUGUCCGGGUUGCCCCGUCACUGCUGUUUUUCCCUUCGCACUAGCUCUAGCUCAGCACACACACACACACACCCAGGGCCUUUUACUGCUGUAUCCUCAGCACAUAAUGCAAAAGCAGCCCAUCGAGUGCCUUUAUAAAAGCAUUGCAUCUCUUCACUGCAUUCUGUUUUUGUGUUUAAACCAUGUUUCUGCUCCUUCCUGCACUGUUUGUUGCCAUUUCAGUCAUAGGAAGGUGCUGAAAAGCUUUCCAAAUGAAAUCUCUGUAACUGGAGCAAGAUUGUUUUCUUGUUUUGUUUUGUUUUGUUUUUUUUCAAGUAAAAGCGUAAUCUCAUUUUAGCUGAUGGAAUUAUUUUCAAAUUAUUUGCAUUUAACCGUUACAUCAAAUUUGUGCAUUUUACUGUCAGGCAAUUGUGCUUUUCUUCUGUGACAUGUAAAAACACCAUGAACGGGUUUCAGGGAAAGGUGUUGCUCAACAGAAGCUAUUUCAGCUAGCGUAAAGCUCAAUGUGAAAGCUUAUAAUGCCGGGAUCUGUUCGAAAUGUAUCUUUUCUUUUUUUAUAUUAAAUCCUGUGUAAAAUUAUCUGAUUUUUAUGCGUUAAAGGCAGAGAUAAUGAUGCGUUAAAGGCAGAGAUAAUGAUACAUUUAUUAGCUUUCUGGGUUUAACAGAGUUUUUGAUAUUGAGACCAGCAAGUUGAUCUGAACCUCUUCACUGAACUUGUAACUCUAACUAGUAAUGUUCUGUUAAAAACACCGAUUUGCGGUUCACUUUCCUUCAGGUUCUGUGCUAGCUUGUUAGCAUGUUCAUGAGCCUUCAGUGUAAACGGUGUCAUUUGUUUCAGAAGUCUUUUUUAUUUUUUCUUCAUCUGCCUUCUUGGUGCUGUUCAAUCUGAUGUUUGUAAUCAAUGAUGUUGAUCUUGUUGUCCUUAAGAAUAUCCAGUGCAUGUUUUAAGAGCUCAUUGUCCAGCUGAGCAUUGCUGAUUCACCUCAGGCUGAAUAUAAGCGCUGUUCGCUGUUUAUGGUGGAGGGAUAUUGCUGAGCUUGGGCCUUUUUUUCUCAUCAGUUAUUUUUGGAGGGGAAAAAAGUCUCUUUAUUUUUGGAUUAGAAACACUGAAAUGUUUUUAAAUGUUAAAGUUGUAUGAACUGUAACUCUUCAAGUGUUUGUGAUGUUCUUGUAACCUGUUAAACAAUGAUAAGGCUCAUGUUUGAGAAUCAUUUUUCUUUUUUCAGGUUUUUUUCUUUUCUUUUUUUUUGCAAACCCCCUAAUCAAAAGAAGGGGGUCAAAAAUUUUUGACAAUUUUAAGAGAGAGAAUUUUUUUAAAAUAAAGAAAUAAAACUUUAUUUAAUGCACGUUUUGUGUGGGAUACAAGCUGAUCAGGCUUGAAGAGUUAAGAUGUAAAUAUAUGUGAAAUUUUUUGGUAGCUAAAAUUAUUUUACUUGACUCCUGUAUUUUUAUACCACACUUUUUUCCAUAAAUGCAUAUUUUGGUUUUUCCAUCUGGUUUAUUUCUUCUUAACUUUAUCUUUCUUUUUUUGAUGUCUUUAUGAAAAGCUUUAAAAUUAUGCACUCUAUCUUUUAUAUACUGGAAAAGAGAUCAAGAUUCGUUCAGAUUCAUAAAGAAGCUAAUCAGUAUUACUGAAAUAUGUCAUACCUGUAAUUCAAUACUUCAAUUGUUGAUUUUUCUUUUUUUAUCUGUUAUGUAUUUUAUUUUACACCAAUAUGUUUUUUUUUUGUUGUUGUUGUUUUUUUUUUUUUUUUUUGCUCUUUUUAUGGAUCAGAGCUGGACUGAAAUUGUGAAAUAAUGCUGUUUCUUGUCACUUGGUACUUUUUUCUUUCUUGUUUUUUUUUUUUACUUUCUUUCUUUCUUUUUCUUUCUCCUCUUCUUUUUCUUCUUCCUCUUCUUCCACUUGUUCUUCUUCUGUAUGUAUUGUUUUGUUUCAAGUCUAUUGCUUUUUUUAUUCCAGUCUCUACUACCUCAGGUGUCCUAUAGAGUUUCUUCUACCAAAGUUCACACUAUAUAUAUAUAUAUAUAUAUAUAUAUAUAUAUAUAUAUAUAUAUAUAUAUAUAUAUAUAUAUAUAUAUAAAAUUAUUCUUUUGACUUUUAUCUCUAUUUUUCAGAUUUCCAGGGCUUAGGGGCUAAUUUUAUAUUAGCACCAUUUUUAUUGUGCAAAUAGACUCCUGAAACCUCUGGGUUAAGGAAAUGGAACAAUUGGCUUAAGAUAUAUUCUUUCAUUUUGAGCAUAUUGAGAAUGUUUAAAGUUUUUAUCCCAUUGGAAACCUUUUAUAACAAAUUGACUUAUUUUGGUGUUUGUCUUUAGCAAAUAAAAAUGGGAAAUUGGUCUUA